AUGUUUAUUUAUCUUAUAUUUGACUCUAUAGUUGCGGUUCUCAGUCCCUCUCUGGCCAAAUUUAUUCGCUCCCGGAAACGGGGUGCACUCCCACUGCCCCCAGGGCCGAAGGGUCUGCCUCUGGUUGGUAAUAUACAUGAUCUCCCGCCGCACGGGAGUAGAGAGUGGGAGCACUGGUUAAAGCAUAAAGAUAUCUACGGCCCUAUCAGCUCUGUGUCGACGCCGGGAAAUACUCUGAUCAUUCUCAAUGAUGCCAAGGUUGCGAUUGACCUUUUGGAAAGGCGAUCGGUGCACUACUCAUCCCGACCUCGUAUGGUCUUCGGCACAGAAUUGGCGGGAUGGGAGCGCAUGGUCACCAUGAACCGCAACCCUGUCCAUGUUCGGGGACAGCGAAGACGGAUCCACCAAUUUCUGGGCUCGGCAAAUGCCCUUUCUUCGUUCUAUACUCAGCAGGAUAUUGAAGCUCGGCGCUUUCUUUUUCGGGUUCUCCGGUCUCCUGAACGGCUCGUGGAUCAUAUUCGAAGCCAAACAGGCGCCACCAUACUGAAAAUUGUCUAUGGAUAUACUACACAGCCUCACGGUCGUGACCCUCUUGUUGAUCUUGCGGAUUCAUCGACGGAACAAUUUGCAAAAGCACAUACGCCAGGGACAUGGCUUGUGGAUAGCUUCCCUUUGAGGUAUCUCCCGGCUUGGUUCCCUGGGGCUAGCUUCCAGACCAAAGCCCUCGAAUGGAGAUCCACAUUGGACAAAUUGACUGAACAACCGUAUGCAUUUGUCCAACAACAAAUGAAGAACGGGACGUUCCAGCCAUCCUACGUUUCUAAGCAUCUCACACAGGCGGGACCUAACAUGAACUCCGAGGAGGAAAUGGAAAUCAAGUGGUCGGCGUCGACACUCUACGGAGCUGGUGCAGAUACGACGGUAUCCGCGAUAUCAUCGUUUUUUCUAGCGAUGGCCAUUUUCCCUGCCGUCCAAGCCAAAGCGCAAGAAGAACUCGAUCAGGUUGUAGGGACCAACCUCCCAACAACAGAAGACCGCACACACCUACCAUACAUAAACGCAGUUAUCAAAGAAGUCCUUCGAUGGAAUCCUGUCACUCCUCUUGGCGUUGCACAUGCUUCCACAAAGGAAGAUGUAUACGAAGGCUAUAGAAUUCCGAAAGACGCAACCAUGGUCCCAAAUAUUUGGGCCUUUCUGCACGACCCCAAAGUCUAUUCGGAUCCGAUGACAUUCAAUCCUGAGAGGUUCUUAACAACGGAGAGCUACCAGGCAGAGCAUGAUCCACAUAAUCUCGCUUUUGGUUUCGGUCGUAGAAUUUGUCCCGGUCGUGGCUUUGCUGACUCUACCAUAUUUCUUACCGUUGUCCGCUCGUUGCAGGCUUUCCGAGUUGCCAAAAUCUUCGAAGAUGGAAGAGAGAUCGAGCCCGUUGUGGGGUAUCUGCCUGGAGUAAUCAGUCAUCCUAAGCCUUUCGUAAUCUCUAUUACACCGAGGAGUAAAGAGCAUGAGUCAUUUAUUGGUUCCAUUGAGAUAGAGCAUCCGUGGGAAAAAGGGGACCUCGUCUCAGUCUAG